UGUAAUAAUAAUGAAAUUAAUAAGGUGACAUUUAUAGGUUCGGACAAAGAAAGACAUUUUACAAAAAGCAAUAUUCCACUUAAAAAGCAAAAAUGGAAAGAGGAAAAAAAAAAAUCAACCUGGUAUAAAGAUUAUUAAGCCCUUCUGAUCUCCUCUUGCUUAGUUGCUUUGCUGCUGCUCAAGCUAAGCUGACUCUCUCUCCCUCCCUCUGGCUAAAGCCACAAACCCAGAAGAAGAAAAAAAAGGCAGCUUUCAACUUUCUUGUUCGUUUGAGCUCUUCUCCCACAGGCAUUAAAUCCAUCAACUCGGUUGUGCAAACAACUAGCUUAAAAUUCCAGCAACUGGGUCGAUUCCUUUUGUCUGAAAGCAGCCAUCUUUCUGUCGGAGAAGAAGAGAGAAAAUGGAUGUAAUCCAGAUGCAAAGAACCUGGGUUGAGUACACCAAGUCCUUGUAUAGAGAGGGCUAUCUGGACAGUCAAUUUGCUCAGCUUCAGCUGCUGCAAGAUGAGAGCAACCCAGAUUUCGUUGUGGAAGUUGUGUCUCUCUUCUUUGAAGAUUCUGAGCGCCUUCUCAAUGAUCUCACCAAAGUUAUAGAUCAGCAGCAAGGUGUGGACUUUAAGAAAGUUGAUGCACAUGUUCACCAGCUCAAAGGCAGCAGCUCCAGCAUAGGAGCUCAGAGAGUUAAGAAUGCCUGUGUUGCUUUCCGCAGCUUCUGUGAUGAACAGAACAUUGAAGGGAGCCUGAGAUGCCUGCAUCAGGUAAAGCAGGAAUACUACCUUGUGAAGAACAAAUUAGAAAAUCUCUUCAGUCUGGAGCAAAAAAUUGUGGCUGCUGGUGGAUCAGUUCCGGUGGAUGAGCUGGGUUUCCUAUGAGCAAAUCGUGGGAAGAAGAGAUUGGAAGGUUGUUUUAAUGUAGAGAAAGCUAUUUCUUUGUCAUGUUGUUGUUCUUCAUGCUUUAUGAUAUGCUGCCAACCUAUAAGGGUCAGUUCCUAACUAAUGAGGGUAGGUUUUUUGUGAUUGUAUUGAUGUAUGUAUGUGAUCUUUCACAUUAUCAAAUAGAUCCGAUCCCUCCCUUCUCUCUGUUUCUUGAAGUCACAAUUGGUUUCUUGUUCCUGCAUUGUUGUUUCAUGUUGGUAACUGUCGUUCACAGGAUGGAACCGACGAUGUUAACGUUCGACAUGCAAUGGUUAAACCGUGAUGAAAGUGUAGCCUUCGGUAUGUGGUUUAACUGGUACGACGAGUCAAUUUCAUAUAUACUUGAUGGGGUUGUCAAACUUUUUGUAUGAUAGACAGUGGUGCUUUCAGAUCAAACCUUGAGAUACAACUUAUUCUUUAGACGCCCUGUGACUUAGUUG